AUGGAGGCUUCUUCAGUUCUUCUGCUGACAGUGACAGAGGUGGAGGCGGAACGGGAACUUCCCAAGCAAGCAGCGCAGCCGGACAUUGGAGUGCAAGCAAGUGGUGAAGUAUUUGUGUCGGAAGGAUAUACAAAUUGGAAGAAAAAAGAAACAUUCAAUGAGCUUGUUGGAGGUCCGAAUAGUGCUCAUAACAAAGCUUGGAGAAGAUGUGAAGAUUUGAUUAAUCAACAACAACAAAUCAAAUUUGCUUUUGAGAAGCAAUCAGAACCAGCACGUAAAGAUUAUCGGCUUCGUCUGACUGCUUCACUUGACUGCAUUCGUUUUCUUCUAUCUCAAGGCUUGGCAUUUCAUGGCCGCAAUGAAGCAAAAGAGUCUCAUAAUCAAAGCAGCUUUCUUCAGCUCCUCUAUUUUCUUGCUAGUCACAAUGACGCUAUAAAAAAUGUUGUCUUGAAUAAUGCUCCAGGAAAUAUGAAAAUGAUAUCCCCUGAUAUUCAGAAUGAUCUUAUCCGUGCUUGCGCUAUGGAGACCACUAAUGUUAUUCUCCAUGAGCUAGGGGAUGAAUUCUUUGCUAUUUUACUUGAUGAAUCUCGUGAUGUUUCGGUCAAGGAACAAAUGGCGGUUGCUCUAAGAUUAGUUAAUUCGGAAGGGUAUGUUGUUGAGCGUUUUCUUGGCAUUGUUCAUGUUAGUGACACUACUGCUUCCUCACUAAAAGUGGCUAUUCAGCUUCUUUUUCUGAAGCAUAAUUUGAGCUUGUCUAAAGUGCGGGGGCAAGGCUAUGAUGGGGCAAGUAAUAUGCGAAGGGAAUUUAAUGGACUCAAACCUUUGAUCAUGCAAGAGAAUUCUUCUGCUUAUUAUGUUCAUUGUUUUGCUCAUCAACUUCAACUAGCUCUUGUUGCCGUGGCAAAAAAGAAACCACAAGUUGCUACAUUUUCAACUCGGUGA